AGGUCUUGCAUUUCAAGGUCAUCGACCUUGACCAUUUGUUCAUUGGAGACAAUGGAGACGUGGUAGUUGAUUAUUAUGACAUAAGUAUGGACGCACCAAGAGGAGAGACCUGUUGCACUGGAACAGAACAGGGAUGGCCGCUGUGCUGAGGCACCUUUCAAACAUGGUGUAAGGCAGGUAUGGUGACUUGUAAUUAAACUUAAUACUAAUAUGAAAUAUGAGAGCUCUGUAUCAUAAACACUAUUUCACUUCAAUGAUUCUAAUGACAAAACUUUUGCAUGAGAGUUGUUGAAAAGAAUUCGGGGAGAUACACAGUUUUAUGUGAGGUUAUAACAAAGGGUCACAGUGGCUAAAGGCCAAGGCUGUUUAAGUUCAUUACAUGACAGUGUUUAUUGGCUGAGUUGGAACCAAUUUUAAAGAUGGUUUUUUUUUAAAUAUAUUUUACUUAAGUACUUGUUUAACGUCAUGGAAACAAUGGGUUAUGUGGUACAUUGCUGAACUCAUUUGUUUUUGUAUUUCAAGACCAUACAAUGAAUAUAUGUUCGUACAGAUAUUACCCAGUGCGGUUCUUCCAUAAAAAUUUAAGUACUGCAAUAUCAUUGUAUGUAAUUCUUCACGAAAAAUAACAUUUUACGUUGAACAUAUAUUUAUUACUUGGUGAUCACUAGUAACUCCAAAUGUCAUUCAAUACACUGGAGAGUAGGAUGCACACACACAUAUACAACUUACAAAUGUCCAACCCAAAUAUUACAACGCUAGCAUUGGUGACUAUCGCGGUAGAGCAUAGAUACUCUUAGUCUCUACCACUAGGAUUAUAUUAGUAAUUAGUUUAACCCCAUCCGAUUUUUAGUUUCUAGCAAAAUUCAUUGUUUUGUAGCAUUUGUUAUAUAAUGUCUAUCUUUAGAAGGUUCAGUUUAUUACAACAUGUUUCCGCUAUUAUGAUUAAUUUGGAAAUAUAGAUAUACCAAAUGACUCUGUUACUCACAUCAGGAAUACACUCCUAGUACCUAUAUUCAUUUGAAUAUAGCCCUGAUCAUAACUAUUAACUGCAACAAAUCAAAUAUGCAUCCUUUAAACAUAGGAUAGUUCUAUGUAUAGCUAAUAACUUAUAAUAGGUUUAUUUAAUACGAUAAACACUUAUUUUACGGUAUUGAAUGUUGGGGUAUCUCUUGCAUUUACAAUUGCGGCUGCGCAUCCCAUGGGCUCCAUCACCUGGCCGCGCAUCCCCUGGGCUCCAUCACCUGGCCGCGCAUCCCCUGGGCUCCAUCACCUGGCCGCGCAUCCCCUGGGCUCCAUCACCUGGCCGCGCAUCCCCUGGGCUCCAUCACCUGGCCGCGCAUCCCCUGGGCUCCAUCACCUGGCCGCGCAUCCCCUGGGCUCCAUCACCUGGCCGCGCAUCCCCUGGGCUCCAUCACCUGGCCGCGCAUCCCCUGGGCUCCAUCACCUGGCCGCGCAUCCCCUGGGCUCCAUCACCUGGCCGCGCAUCCCCUGGGCUCCAUCACCUGGCCGCGCAUCCCCUGGGCUCCAUCACCUGGCCGCGCAUCCCCUGGGCUCCAUCACCUGGCCGCGCAUCCCCUGGGCUCCAUCACCUGGCCGCGCAUCCCCUGGGCUCCAUCACCUGGCCGCGCAUCCCCUGGGCUCCAUCACCUGGCCGCGCAUCCCCUGGGCUCCAUCACCUGGCCGCGCAUCCCCUGGGCUCCAUCACCUGGCCGCGCAUCCCCUGGGCUCCAUCACCUGGCCGCGCAUCCCCUGGGCUCCAUCACCUGGCCGCGCAUCCCCUGGGCUCCAUCACCUGGCCGCGCAUCCCCUGGGCUCCAUCACCUGGCCGCGCAUCCCCUGGGCUCCAUCACCUGGCCGCGCAUCCCCUGGGCUCCAUCACCUGGCCGCGCAUCCCCUGGGCUCCAUCACCUGGCCGCGCAUCCCCUGGGCUCCAUCACCUGGCCGCGCAUCCCCUGGGCUCCAUCACCUGGCCGCGCAUCCCCUGGGCUCCAUCACCUGGCCGCGCAUCCCCUGGGCUCCAUCACCUGGCCGCGCAUCCCCUGGGCUCCAUCACCUGGCCGCGCAUCCCCUGGGCUCCAUCACCUGGCCGCGCAUCCCCUGGGCUCCAUCACCUGGCCGCGCAUCCCCUGGGCUCCAUCACCUGGCCGCGCAUCCCCUGGGCUCCAUCACCUGGCCGCGCAUCCCCUGGGCUCCAUCACCUGGGCUCCAUCACCUGGCCGCGCAUCCCCUGGGCUCCAUCACCUGGCCGCGCAUCCCCUGGGCUUCAUCACCUGGCCGCGCAUCCUCUGGGCUUCAUCAGCUUUUUUAAAAUGACAUGCCAUUUUUGCUCAAGAAUUUCCGUGAUAUUAUUGUGUGUACCAUAAUCAUGGUACGAAUUUUGCUUCUAACCUGAGAUUUGAAUCUAACUUAUCCUCAGUGAUACAUCUCUAUAGUGUACAUGAUUCUUUUCUAAUUUUAAAGCACCUUAAAUUUGCGAUUUUGACAGGCGAGAGUUCAAAAUUGCCAAGUUCAGAGGACUGUGCAACGAACAGUAACCGAUAUCUCAUGGAAUCUAUUAAUUUACACUGUAGCCAUGGGAGAGUACAUUAAGGUGACGUACGUCUCUAUAGUGUACAAAUAUCUGUUCUAAUUUGAAACCACCUUAAACUUGUCGAUUUUUACAGCCAUGAGUGCAAAAAAUUGUCCAGUUCAAGUUCACAGGACUGUGCAGCGAACAGUAACCUUUAUCUUAUGGAAUCUGAUGAUACAUUUUGUUCUCCAGACGCAUUUUAAUUUAAUAAUUAAAUUAGUUGUUACCUUGUGUUGUAUCAAAUAGAGAAUCUACGUACAUCCUUAUCGCACUGAAGCCCUGUGUUAUUUUCUUUCUUUUUUAUCGCGCUGUACCAUAAUUACGGCAUGCGUUUGAAAGAGAAUCUGAGAUUCGAAUCUAACUUCACCUCAGUCUACAUGUUUCAUGUUUUUAAGUGUCAUUAGUAUACAAGUCUAAAUUUUUUUGUGAAAAUAAAUGCUUUCUUAUUGUGAGCAGCAACCACCGUACAAAAAAAAAAAGAAAUAAA